AUGCAAAACACACCCAUACCCACCACCCACACCUAUCACGCACACCGCCACCCUAGCUACCUACGCGCCCUCCUCAACGCCUCACCCGCUCGCGUCCUGCCCAUGCGCCCAACAAAAAAAAAGAGUGACACAGACGUUUCCCUUCCUUCAGUCCCGUACCCUCCCCCCCCCGUUACGUCACUAUCACAUCUCUCUCUCCCCUUUUUCCCCGAAAAAAAAGUGACUUCAAAACAUAAACAAAGCAAUGCAAAAGAAAAGUUGCAUACUUAUCCGAGUAAAAAAAACAAAUACAAGAAAAAAGCUUACUUCAACUGUACCUGGUGA